AGUCUAAACAAAAAAUAAACCCUCCCAAAAACCCAGGCCAGGUUUUAGGGUUUAACCAUUUCCAGUUCCAUGGCCCGAUUCUCGAGAGGAUCCGCUACAUCACGCUUCCUCUGCUCCCUCUAUCAUUCAUCAAGGCAGACUCAAUCUCCGACCACCGCGCUCCUCCUCGGAAACUUCCAGCUCCGGCAGUUCUCAAACCCUGCCCGCGCCAAAGAUGAAAAGGAAGCAUGGUGGAAAGAGUCCAUGGAAAAGGUCCGCAACAUCGGUAUAUCCGCUCACAUCGAUUCCGGUAAAACCACGCUCACUGAGCGCAUGCUUUUCUACACCGGCCGUAUUCAUGAGAUUCACGAGGUCCGUGGCCGUGACGGCGUUGGCGCGAAAAUGGACUCCAUGGAUUUAGAAAGAGAGAAGGGAAUCACUAUUCAAUCUGCUGCCACAUAUUGUACUUGGAAGGACUAUCAGGUAAAUAUAAUUGAUACGCCUGGACAUGUCGACUUUACGAUUGAAGUGGAGAGGGCGUUACGAGUGUUGGAUGGUGCGAUUCUUGUGUUUUGUAGUGUUGGUGGAGUUCAAAGUCAGUCUAUUACUGUUGAUAGACAAAUGAGAAGAUAUGAGGUUCCGAGGCUUGCGUUCAUUAAUAAACUUGAUAGAAUGGGUGCUGAUCCUUGGAAAGUUCUGAAUCAGGCAAGGGCUAAACUGAGGCAUCAUAGUGCAGCGGUGCAAGUGCCAAUUGGAAUGGAGGAGAAUUUUGAAGGUCUUAUUGAUCUUGUGAAGAUGAAAGCCUAUUUCUUCCGUGGUUCAAAUGGAGAAAAUAUUGUUACUGAAGAAGUGCCAACAAAUAUGGCAGCUUUAGCCGCAGAAAAGAGACAUGAACUGAUAGAAGUGAUUUCUGAAGUUGAUGAUAUACUUGCUGAUGCUUUUCUUGCGGAUGAGCCUAUUUCAUCCACUGAUCUUGAGGAGGCCAUUCGAAGGGCUACUAUUGCACGGAAAUUUAUACCGGUAUUCAUGGGAAGCGCAUUCAAGAACAAGGGAGUGCAAUCACUUUUAGACGGCGUGCUGAGUUAUUUGCCUUGUCCCAUUGAAGUCAGCAACUAUGCCCUUGACCAAUCCAAAAAUGAAGAUAAGGUCAUGUUGGGUGGAAAUCCAGAUGGACGACUUGUGGCAUUAGCUUUUAAAUUAGAGGAAGGACGUUUUGGUCAAUUAACAUAUUUAAGAAUCUAUGACGGUGUCAUUCGCAAGGGUGAAUUUAUAGUGAACAUCAAUACAGGCAAGAAAGUUAAGGUUCCUCGCUUGGUACGGAUGCACUCUGAUGAAAUGGAAGAUAUUCAAGAGGCACAUGCUGGGCAAAUUGUUGCUGUGUUUGGUGUUGAUUGUGCUUCAGGAGAUACAUUUACGGAUGGAUCCAUUAGAUACACUAUGACCUCCAUGAAUGUUCCGGAGCCAGUUAUGUCAUUAGCUGUUCAACCAGUUUCUAAAGACGCGGGAGGACAAUUUUCAAAAGCUUUGAAUCGUUUUCAGAGAGAGGAUCCAACCUUCCGUGUUGGUUUGGAUCCUGAAAGUGGGCAGACAAUUAUUUCUGGAAUGGGAGAGUUGCAUUUGGACAUUUAUGUGGAACGCAUUAAAAGAGAGUACAAGGUUGAUGCAACUGUCGGCAAGCCUCGUGUGAACUUUAGAGAGACUGUUACUAAGCGUGCUGAAUUUGAUUACUUACAUAAGAAGCAAACGGGAGGACAAGGUCAAUAUGGACGAGUAAUUGGGUUUAUUGAGCCACUUCCAGAAGGCUCAUCCACUAAAGUUGAGUUUGAGAACAUGAUGGUUGGACAAGCUAUACCAUCAAAUUUUAUACCCGCUAUUGAGAAGGGCUUCAGAGAAGCUGCCAAUUCGGGUUCUUUAAUUGGGCAUCCAGUCGAAAAUGUCCGAAUCGUUUUGACAGAUGGUAAUUCACAUGCAGUGGAUUCUAGUGAACUUGCCUUUAAAUUAGCAGCAAUAUAUGCUUUCAGACAGUGCUAUACAGCUGCAAAGCCUGUGAUAUUGGAGCCUGUCAUGAUGGUGGAACUGAAAGUACCGACAGAAUUUCAGGGUACUGUAGCUGGUGAUAUUAACAAGAGAAAAGGCGUGAUUGUUGGAAAUGACCAAGACGGGGAUGAUUCUAUAAUAACUGCCAACGUUCCCCUAAAUAAUAUGUUUGGGUACUCGACAUCUCUUCGGUCAAUGACGCAGGGGAAAGGUGAAUUCACAAUGGAGUACAAAGAACAUGCACCUGUUUCGCAAGAUGUGCAAACACAGCUGGUAAACACCUACAAGGCAAGCAGGAUUACCGAAUAAAUAGAUCGCGAUUGGUGAGGCUCGUCGCCCUAUAUUCUUUACACAAGUCAUAAAUUAUUUUGUUCUACAAUUAUAGAAUUUGUAACUUUUUAGAUCAUAAGUUUGGUCGAUCAAUUUUUGGGCUCUAAUAUAUAAAAUUUAUUAAUGGCUACUUGUAAAUUAAUUUUUCUCACCAAGCAAGUUGGAGUUAUAUAGCAAUAGUUGGCCAAUGAAUAAAUGUCAAGUCCAAUUUUCAUCUUCUGUAUGCUCACACUGUUUGUCAGCAGUAUUUGCACUUGUAAUCUUUUUACGAUACAAUCUAAUAAAUGUUUAAUCUGAAA